CAGCCCCCACACCCCGUCCUGCUGAACAGAAACGACUCUCAGUCUGAGCUGCUUCAGUCCAGAGACACUUCAGCUAUAAAAUACUUCUCCUGGAGCCACAGAGUCCGAACAACACGGAGGAGCGACUGAGGAAUCCUUGUUUUUACCAACAUGGAAUCUGUGAAGACUCUUUUCCUUUACCUGGGAGUCUGUCUGUCAGCUGGGGUCAUCACUGCUGCAGGCGACGAGCUCGGCCACAGAGCAGAGAACGUCCGCUGGGUGUCUCUGGACUUUAAAACCGUCCUCACCUGGACCACCAGAGCCUCCCAGUUGAUAUACACUGUCCAGUACUCCGGGGUGGAUGACGGUAACUGGGAGGACUGUGACAUCUGCAGCCAAGUGUCAGAGACAGAGUGUGACCUGAGCAACUACCUCGUACCCUACGACAGGACCUACUCCGCUAAUGUCCUGACAGAUCAAGGUGACGACAUAGAGAACUCACCUCACACUUACUCCCCUCACUUCAACCCCUACAGAGAGAGUAACAUCAGCGCCCCCACCUACACCGUGGAGGCUGCAGACGGCGGCAGAGUGAUGGUGAACAUCACGGACCCUCUGACCAGUUACCAUGAGAAAAGGAAGCAGCUCAGCAUCAGAGACGUUCUCAAGAGCGACCUCAAGUACAAGAUCACCUACUACAAGUCUGGAAAUACACGCAAGAGAGAAUUCAUCUCUGACUCCAGUGUGGCUGAGCUGAAGCAGCUGGACGCAGGAGAGAGUUACUGCUUCAUGGUGGCAGCUUACAUCCCCUCCAGACCCAAAGCCACGCAGCAGGGAGCCUGGAGCAAACAGCUGUGUACAGAGGUGGACCUCCCCAUCCUGAAAGAGCUGAGUCUCGGAGCGUGGGUCGGUAUAGUCUUCAUCCUGCUCACAGUCCUCAUCAUCAUCAUCAUAGUGACAGUCCUCUGCUGCAGAUGCUGCCAGCGAAGAAAAACCCUCCACACCACUCAGUCAUCUACACCUAUUUAGUGUGUGUGUGUGUGUGUGUAUGUGUGUAUGUGUCACAGGGAGCUGGCUUCCCUUCAGUUUUCUGACUCCAUUAUUUUCCGUGUCUAUUUUCUGUUUAGACUUUGUUGUAGUUUUUAUUUGUGACAAAUAACCACUAAGUCCAGUAACAGAAGCUGUUGUCGAACCACCACUACAUCCUCUCAUCUCCCUCCUCUACACGUCCACACUCUACUUACACUGUCGUUCCUCUCAUUUCAUUUCAUGCCACUGAACCGACUUUUGUUGAUCAAAAGGACGGAGAAGCAAUAAAACAU